UUGGAGGAACUGUGCGGAGUAGUGAUUUGUACUGCAAUUGUAUUAGUGAGUGAGUGAGUGAGUGCAAGCGAGCGAGCGAGCAAGAGUGAGACUGAGAGCGAGCGAGUGAGCAAGCAAGCAAGUGAGUGAGUGAGCGAGCAAGCAAGAGAAUCUGCAGCGAGGAGAGGUCCCCUGACCUCAGGGUAGGAUCUAGGAAGAGCAAGGCUCUGGUGAGAGAACAUGUGCUCCCAAGAAUCGGUCUCUUACUUUCUGAAGAACAGGAGACUUCAAUAUACCGGGACCCAUGAAGGAUCGGUGGGACAAACCCCUAGGCCUGCCCCUAGGUCUUAUGUGGCAGUCCAGGAGAUUAAACUCCUCUGGGAUGCCCCAGAAAAUAGAAGAGGUCUGGGCAGUAAGCAGUUUAGCAUGGAAGAGCUGCUUCACCAAUCUCAUGGCAAGAAGAAGCCAGAACACCUUCCAUGGCUUACAAGCUCUGUUAGCGAGGGCCAUUCCCCUGACCCUAAAGGCUGUCUGAACAUAGUCUCCAUAAGGGUCCUGCGGGGUGACUCUGCGGAUGGCCAGGGGCACAGGCGGACAUUUGUCGGGCACAUGGGUUUGCCGAAGAACAGUCCCGAAGCAGUAACAGCGUGGGAGGCCCAGGUGAAAAGGAGAACAACGGCGGCGUUGCUUGGCAGGGCCAGGAAGCAAACGGGGAAAACCCCAAAACCAGAAGACGCCAGGCAGUUCCUGGAGCAAGAGGUGGUUAUGAACAACAAAAGCCCAAGCAAGACAUGUCAGCAGCCAAAGAACCUAGAGGAUCUGAGGAGGGACCAUCUGGAAGGAGAAGGGGACAUUGAAGAACUCAAACAGCCACGAGGACUUGGCAGAUGUGGCAAACAAGUUGCUCCUUUAGAAGAAAACAUCUUUUUGCAGGGCAAGAGGAUCAAGCCCCUUUCUAGACGUCCAAUGCAGGCAGUGUGCCCUCCAUCAGUCAGAGAGGAGUGGCCUGGAGAAAAGCUGAAGCCGGCGCCAUCGGGGCAAGACAAACUGGAAGACACGAAAGUUUCCAAAGAAAGGGAAGCACAACCUCAAUUCCCGCAGGAAAAUACUUUUCUGGAGGGACCAUCAGGGGUUUUGGACAAGAAUCUGCUGGCAGAAGCCAAACCCCAGCUCCUAAACAGGAGGAAGAUGCAGGCCUUGGAAAUGGCCAAAUCUCAUGAAGAAUUCUGGGUGGUCGACACCAGAUGGAAAACACAG